AUGAGUGGGUCGAAUUUCGCUUGGGACGGCCACAGCGAUGUCCUUCAGGGUAUCACCCCGACAGCAUCCCAAGCUGACCUCUCACCCAACGAGUUCCCCUCCUCCUCCGACCCGACGCCUGGCGAUCCAGCUUCGUUCCUUGGCUUUCAAUUCGGACCCGACGUGGGUGUCCAUCCCUAUAAUCAUGGGUCGCUCAAUCAGUAUCUGCCGCUCCCCAAACAGUCAGCCUCGCCGACCCCGCAGCCCAUGGACUACUUCCAUUAUCCCUCCGCGCGUUUCAUGAGCAACCAGGACUCAUGGAACCCACUCCAGGUAACCGGCCUUCCUGCCAACGUGAGCUUCGUCACACGGCCGACGGGGAGGGCUCACCAUAUGAACGGGUUCAGCCGUCGCUGUUCGACCGAUCAAUAUAGCACACCCUCUGAGACUGGUAGCCAGUACAACGGGCUACACUCGUCCGACUCUGGAUAUAGCACCCGUAGCUGUACUACACGCUCUAUCGCCGCCUCGUAUGCCGUAGACUCGGCGUGCAGUCCGGGUCUUCUUCCUCAUGACUAUGAGCAGGAUGAAAAGGUGCCGCCGUGGGACAUCAACUCAACACAUCACGGCGAUGCUAUGGACAUCGCUGAACAGCCAGAUUCGCCGUCUUUACUAUCUCUUGAUACAAUCAAGUGCGAGUACCCGGGCUGUACUUGGUCCGGCAAAUGUCCUUCGGAUAAAAGGUGCACCUCGAUCCACCUCUUCCAGGUCGCUUAG